CGCCGCCCAGCCCAUGGCCGCCUAGGAGGGUCCUGCCGGGGGCGAAGGGGAAGGGAGCCGCCCGCUUCUUAGUCCGAGAGCCUCCCGCAGCGCCUGCCGGUGUCGGCAGAGCAGCCGCCCCGGAGCGCCGCCGUCCCACUUUGCGCCUCGCCCGGACCAGCCGCCGACAUGGACACGCACACCCGGUGGAAACGGCGGAGCUGGCUGAAGCGGCCCGGGAGCCUGGCGCUGCUCCUGCUCGCCACCCUCGCCCACAGCCGCGCAGCUGAGCCUGCAGAUCUAUUGAAGGUAUUAGAUUUCCAUAAUUUACCCGAUGGCAUCUCAAAAACGACGGGCUUCUGCACCAGCAGGCGGUCUUCCAAGGGAGCAGAUGUGGCCUAUCGCGUCACCAAGGAUGCCCAGCUGAGUGCCCCAACCAAGCAGCUUUUCCCUGCGUCUCCAUUUCCUGAAGAUUUCUCCAUCCUGACCACGGUGAAAGCCAAGAAGGGCGGCCAGGCUUUCUUGAUCUCCAUUUACAACGAACAAGGCAUCCAGCAAGUCGGUGUGGAGCUGGGGCGGUCCCCGGUUUUCCUAUACGAGGACCACAUGGAGAAGCCAGGCUCCGAGAACUACCCUCUCUUCCGCGGCAUCAACCUCUCGGAUGGCAAGUGGCAUCGAGUUGCUUUCAGUGUUCAUAAGAAGAAUGUCACUCUGAUUUUGGACUGUAAAAAAAAAGUCACCAAAUUGCUGGACCGAAGUGACCAUCCCAUCAUUGACGUUAAUGGCAUCAUUGUCUUUGGAACAAGGAUCUUGGAUGAGGAAGUAUUUGAGGGCGACAUCCAACAACUGCUCAUCGUCUCGGACCAUCAAGCCGCCUAUGACUACUGUGAACACUACAGCCCAGAUUGUGACACAGCCGUGCCGGAUGUGCCUCACUCUCAGGACCCAAACCCUGAUGAAUACUACCCAGAUGGGAAUGAGAACCUGGAAGUUGAAGGAGAAACUUACUAUUACGAAUACCCCUACUAUGAGGACCUCGACGAGGCAGGCAAAGCCACCCCGACCACUGCCCAACCUGUGGAAACCGAUGAAGUAGCCCGGGAAGUGAUUGACACCACCGAGAUCGGUGGACCUCGAGGUGAAAAGGGGCAGAAGGGGGAGCCGGCGAUCAUUGAGCCAGGGAUGCUGCUCGAAGGGCCGCCUGGCUCAGAAGGCCCAGCCGGGCUGCCAGGCCCUCCGGGAACAACGGGGCCAGCGGGGCCAAUGGGGGAUCCUGGAGAAAGGGGCCCACCUGGACGUGCAGGACUUCCAGGCGCUGAUGGCCUGCCAGGCCCACCCGGGACAAUGCUGAUGCUGCCGUUCCGGUUCAGCGGGGGUGGAGACGGGGGCUCGAAAGGCCCCUUGAUCUCCACCCAGGAGUCCCAAGCACAAGCCAUCCUGCAGCAGGCCAGGUUCCAGUGUGCCAACACUGAAGCUCCAAGCCCUCCUGUGCGAAAGAAAAGCACCAGGAAACCUCCGGUUCUGAUUCUCCUUUGGUUCCAUUUAUUUCAGGGUCCACGAGGGGUUCAAGGCCCUCCAGGUCCAUCAGGGAAACCAGGACGGCGGGGACGGGCUGGCAGCGAUGGUGCUCGGGGGAUGCCAGGCCAAACGGGACCGAAGGGUGACCGAGGUUUCGGUGGCCUGGCUGGGAUGCGUGGAGACAAGGGGAACAGGGGUGAUCCUGGCCCCUCAGGCCCCCCAGGAGCCCCAGGUGAAGAUGGUGACCGGGGUGAUGAUGGAGAAGUUGGGCCCAGAGGUCUCCCCGGUGAACCGGGUCCCCGUGGUUUGCUUGGACCGAAGGGACCUCCGGGGCCCCCAGGACCUCCGGGCAUUGCUGGCAUGGAUGGACACUCCGGCCCGAAGGGGAAUGUGGGUCCUCAAGGUGAGCCUGGACCCCCAGGUCAACAGGGAAGUCCAGGUGCUCAGGGUCUUCCCGGCCCUCAAGGUCCCAUCGGAGCUCCCGGGGAUAAGGGUCCCCUGGGGAAACCGGGUCUUCCUGGCAUGCCUGGAGCAGAUGGUCCCCCGGGCCAUCCUGGCAAAGAAGGGCCUCCGGGCGAGAAGGGCACCCAGGGUCCAGCUGGCCCUCAGGGCCCACUUGGGUAUCCCGGCUCCCGUGGAGUGAAGGGCGCUGACGGCAUCCGGGGCUUGAAAGGGACGAAGGGUGAGAAGGGCGAAGAUGGCUUCCCAGGAUUCAAAGGCGACAUGGGCAUUAAAGGCGACAGGGGUGAAAUUGGCCCUCCUGGUCCACGGGGUGAGGAUGGGCCGGAAGGCCCGAAAGGUCGCAGCGGCCCCAACGGAGAGCCAGGCCCACUAGGUCCACCUGGAGAAAAGGGAAAGCUUGGCAUUCCUGGUCUGCCUGGAUACCCUGGAAGACUUGGCCCCAAGGGUUCCAUUGGAUUUCCAGGGUUCCUGGGAGCCAACGGAGAGAAAGGAGGAAGGGGCACCGCUGGCAAACCAGGACCAAGAGGACAGCGAGGUCCCACGGGCCCCCGAGGAGAACGCGGCCAGCGAGGCAUCACUGGGAAACCUGGCCCAAAGGGCAAUUCCGGUGGGGAUGGACCUCCAGGACCUCCGGGUGAAAGGGGACCUUCAGGGCCUCAAGGACCAACAGGCUUUCCUGGACCAAAAGGGCCUCCGGGGCCUCCAGGAAAAGAUGGAUUGCCAGGCCAUCCUGGGCAGAGAGGGGAAACGGGCUUCCAAGGGAAGACGGGCCCACCUGGGCCCCCAGGUGUUGUUGGUCCACAGGGCCCCACAGGAGAAACCGGCCCGAUGGGGGAACGUGGCCAUCCGGGCCCUCCAGGGCCCCCAGGUGAACAGGGACUUCCUGGCUUGGCUGGAAAAGAAGGAACCAAGGGUGACCCAGGCCCCGCCGGUUUGCCCGGGAAAGAUGGCCCAGCAGGAUUCAGAGGCUUCGCCGGAGACCGAGGACUCCCCGGCCCAAUUGGACCUGUGGGGCUGAAGGGCAACGAAGGCCCACCGGGGCCUCCUGGACCAGCAGGCUCUCCAGGGGAGCGAGGUCCUGCAGGAACAGCUGGCCCAAUUGGACUGCCAGGACGGCCUGGACCCCAAGGGCCCACUGGCCCUGCGGGUGAGAAAGGGACCCCGGGUGAGAAAGGCCCCCAAGGCCCGGCUGGACGAGACGGCAUCCAGGGACCAGUUGGGCUUCCAGGUCCUGCCGGCCCGGUUGGCCCCCCAGGGGAAGAUGGUGACAAGGGUGAAAUUGGUGAACCAGGACAGAAAGGAAGCAGAGGGGACAAAGGAGAACAGGGUCCACCAGGUCCUAUUGGUCCACAGGGCCCGAUUGGCCAACCAGGUCCAGCUGGAGCCGAUGGAGAGCCCGGCCCACGAGGACAGCAAGGGCUUUUCGGACAGAAGGGCGAUGAAGGACCAAGAGGAUUUCCUGGCCCUCCAGGGCCAGUUGGGUUGCAGGGCUUACCUGGGCCUCCAGGUGACAAGGGAGAAACUGGGGACGUCGGCCAAAUGGGUCCUCCAGGUCCCCCCGGACCCAGGGGCCCAGGGGGACCCCCCGGAGCUGAUGGGCCACAAGGUCCCGCAGGAGGGAUUGGAAAUCCAGGAUCUGUUGGUGAAAAGGGAGAACCUGGAGAAUCAGGAGAACCUGGCCUUCCCGGAGACUCUGGACCACCAGGUCCUAAAGGAGAAAGAGGGGAAAAGGGGGAAGCAGGCCCCUCUGGGUCUGCUGGGCCCCCAGGCCCCAAAGGUCCCCCAGGAGAUGAUGGCCCCAAAGGGAGCCCGGGUCCGGUUGGAUUUCCAGGUGAUCCAGGCCCCCCAGGUGAACCUGGCCCAGCUGGUCAGGAUGGCCCAACAGGCGAUAAGGGCGAUGAUGGGGAAGCUGGUCAAACGGGGUCUCCUGGUCCAACCGGAGAGCCGGGUCCUUCUGGCCCUCCAGGCAAGAGGGGGCCACCUGGACCUGCAGGACCCGAAGGCCGACAAGGAGAGAAAGGGGCGAAGGGUGAGUCUGGAUUGGAAGGACCUCCUGGGAAGACGGGUCCAGUUGGUCCUCAGGGACCUCCAGGAAAGCCAGGUCCAGAUGGACUUCGGGGAAUACCUGGCCCAGUGGGUGAGCAAGGGCUUCCAGGUUCACCAGGCCCAGAUGGACCUCCUGGCCCCAUGGGGCCACCUGGCUUACCUGGCCUGAAAGGGGAUUCGGGUCCAAAGGGAGAAAAGGGUCAUCCCGGACUGAUUGGUCUCAUUGGGCCUCCCGGCGAGCAAGGAGAAAAGGGAGAUCGGGGACUGCCGGGACCUCAAGGAGGAUCGGGACCUAAAGGAGAACAGGGCAUUCAAGGUCCAUCUGGCCCUCUUGGCCCACCUGGUUCCCCAGGGUUGCCGGGCCCCCCUGGUCCAAAAGGUGCUAAAGGAUCUUCCGGGACAACAGGUCCAAAGGGCGAGACUGGUCAUCCCGGCCUACCAGGACCUCCUGGUCCUCCAGGAGAGGUGAUCCAACCUCUUCCCAUCCAGUCCUCCAAACGGACUCGGAGGAACAUCGAUGCCAGCCAGCUGAUGGAUGACGUCAAUUCCGACAAUUAUGUGGACUACACAGAUGGCAUGGAGGAGAUCUUUGGCUCCUUGAACUCUCUGAAACUGGAAAUCGAGCAGAUGAAACACCCGCUGGGCACCCAGCACAACCCAGCACGGACUUGCAAAGACUUGCAGCUGUGUCACCCGGACUUCCCAGACGGAGAAUAUUGGGUGGACCCGAAUCAAGGCUGCUCCCGGGAUUCCUUCAAAGUUUACUGUAAUUUUACUGCUGGUGGGGAAACUUGCAUCUUCCCAGAUAAGAAAUCUGAGGGGGCUAGAAUUACUUCAUGGCCAAAGGAAACCCCGGGCUCCUGGUUCAGUGAAUUCAAGCGCGGUAAACUGCUCUCCUACGUGGAUGCUGACAGCAACCCCAUUGGGGUGGUACAGAUGACCUUCCUGCGUCUCCUGAGUGCAUCCGCCCACCAAAACAUCACCUACAACUGCUUCCAGUCUGUGGCCUGGCAUGAUGCCACUGUGGGCAACUACGAGAAGGCCAUGCGCUUCCUGGGCUCCAACGACGAAGAGAUGUCGUAUGACAACAGCCCUUUCAUCAGGGCGGUCUUCGACGGCUGUGCAACCAAGAAGGGCUACCAGAAGACGGUCUUGGAAAUCAGCACCCCCAAAGUGGAGCAGGUCCCCAUUGUCGACAUCAUGUUCAACGACUUUGGCGAAGCGUCUCAGAAGUUUGGAUUCGAGGUGGGGCCGGCGUGCUUCCUGGGCUGAGGGCCUCUCAGAAGGACUCUCUGCAAAAGGGCAACUUCGUAACCUCAUUGUGCCUUCUCUUUUUGGCUACUUCCUCUCCUUUCGUUGUUCUUGGUCAUCAUGUGCACGUUCUGAAACUGGACAGUUUGAUGGGACUGUUUUCAAAACCGCUCUCCUAUUUACCCCGACAUCAAUUUUGCCCCAAGGCACACCCACCCCUCCCCCAACCCCAGUCACAAUCCGGACCCUGCUCACCACCGAUUCCAGAAUCACAUGACCGAGGGGCUCUCCGACUGGCCAGAGCCAGCUUUCUCCUUCUGUGCUGCACCUCUUCAUGGAGACCGUCAAAGGUCUCCGCUCUCACGCUUGGAUGUGUUGCCUUUUCCUCGAAACCAGAACGUUCCCGGCAGGAAAGACGCCACCCCUGCCGCCUUUGCCUUCCUUCCUUUCAGCAGCUUCUCUGCAUCCGAGGGAAAACUGUCCAGCUAUCGCCAGUUUCCCGUCAUUGGAAAGUCCCUGAAACACCACCGAAAGCCAUCAGCCGGGCGAUGCAGCCGACGCCUGAUCUCUGUACAGAAACAUGGACGAAGGACUCCGAAACCCCCUCCUCGCUUGGAUAAUCUUCCCUGCUGGGGUUUCUCUCAGAACCUAGAUGGAACACCUCCCCCCCCCCCACCAGAGAUGGUUUCUCUGGUUCUCUUCCGCUUCAUUCACACAAGAAACAUCGGAAAGCAACGACCCUUAAAAGUACCAGGUUCUGACUGCUUAUCCCAUAUGAUAAAGGUGCUUCUAUUUUUGUAUUUUGUAAGUAAAUAUUUGUAUAUUAUUAUAUUAAAUAUUAAAUGUUUCUGGGUUCAAAAGAUGCAUGUGAGUCACCCAUGCUCCACUGGGCAGCCUCCUCGUCCCCAGCAUCCGAUGCCUUCGCUAAGACCAAAGUAGGAAUCAGCAGGGAACCGUGUGCUCCCCCCAGACUCAGGAAGCAGGUUCCUGCAGCCCCCUCCCCUUAGGAGCAAUACGCCUCAGCCUUACAGGCACCCAGCAAAUGGGAUUAAAAUUAAGCAUUGCUGAACUUUGGGGGAACUGAGGCAGGCGUGUCUCCGGACAAAGGAAAACGGCUGCCAUCUUUGUGCCAAGUGUACCAGCAGUGUUGAUAUUUGUCACCUCUGACAAGCAAUAGAUUUAUGGCCAGCUCCCCCCACCCCUAUUCAGGCUUUACCUAGUGCAAUGUAGAGGUUUUUAAAAAAAUAUCUUUUACCAAGAAAAUCUUUUCCCCUCAGUGUUCUCUUAUCUUCCUUCCAUUUUGUUGGUGCUAUAGCUGUCGGAGGAACCUUCCAGACAACCCUGGCUGAGCCCUACCAGGGGUCCCUCCCAGCUCUCCCCUCAUUUCAGCCCAGUGAUACAUCACCUGUCGUUCCCCCCUCCCCCAUGACCUUGUAUCCCGUGACCCAUCAUCCUAUCAUUGAUGGGUCUGAUGAGCGAAUUAAUUCAACUGUUCCGGAGGUCUGGGUUUUUCUUUGGUAGCAAUAGGCUAUUCACGCAACGCAUCCCAGGGUAAACAUGCCAGAUUUGUACUCAGUUGCUGAAUAUUUGUGGUGCUAAUUUAUGACUUUAUUCAAUGUACUGAAGCCAAGGCCAGACUUGACCUGUCUCUACAACUCCCCUCCUCUGUCUUUCCAGAGCAAAACUGAACAGUGCAAUUGUGUGUGUCUUUCUCCAGUGGGGGGGGGAGGGCUUACAGCCACCGCCCACCCUCCACCCCUCUGGCUCACUGCUCCCAUACGUAGAAAGGGAAAGAGCACCCCACGCCUGGCCCUCAGCCUCGAGGCCAAAGGGAAGGGCAUUGCUGUGACUGAAUGGGAGUCUUUGCGGGAUGUCUUUUCCCAAGGCAUUCCUGACGCGGGGAAGCUCCGGGUGUAACUAGCCAGCAUCUAUCUGUAUCUGUAGACUCCCCUGCUGGGCUGGCUGACUUUCCUCCUGCCAUUAUCGUGGGCCCUUAUCCCUUUCCCGCCUUCCUUUCCCACCGAAGGAGCAUGGCGUGAGAGUGGUUGUCAGGAUAUCACUUAGAAGGCCAGGAAGUGACAUAUUUCUCAUUGAAAACAGCAUUCUGAACAGCUCUGUUUGGCCAGUCUGUGCUUUUGUCUCUCGAGGGGGGUGGGAGGCCUUUCCUGUAGCCCGCUCCCACUCUUCAUUGGCAGACAGCAAUGAUUUGUCCACUCCUGACAGAUUCCAGGGGACAAGCCUCGCGAGGCGCACAGGGUCUUUGGCCCUACACAACAUUCCCCAACCUGGGCACAACAUUCAUGGUGCUCUUUCCCUUCUUUGGGGAAUUUGGGGGGAAUCACCGCAUGGAGGGUGGAGAGCUGAGAUACGCUCUCUUAGGUCAUGUGAUUCUGAUCUGAUUAUUUCAUCUCCCUUCCUUCCUUCCUUCCUUCCUUCCUUCCUUUCCUUCCUUCCUUCCUUCCUUUCCUUCCUAUUUUGGUGCUUCUAUCAAAAUCCUACAGAAUGUUGUAAAACUGUACUGUUGUGUCUUUCAUUCCUGUUCCAUUUUUCCCUUCCCCUCCCAGAACACUUUCAGUUACCGUAUAUUGCAAUAAAAUUUGCUUCUUGUAUUUGCAGACAUAUCUUUCUGUGUAAUUUUAUCCCCUAAUAUAUAUCAUGACUUGAACAAAUGUUGAUAAAAAAGUAUGAAAACAAAGAUUUAAAUACAUAGAUCCCCCUCCCCCUUUGAAGUGAGGAUGUGUAUGAAUCUCUGCAUCUAUGUACACACACACACACACACGUAUGAUCAGGUGACCCUAUUUGUACAGGUUUCCAAAUUCCAACAUGCCCGUUAGAGGUAUUUUUAAGAGAAAAAAAUUGAACCUGUGUAAUAAAGGAAUAAGUGUAAUCGAUAUUUUUCAAUAAACCAAGUUUACUGUUUCCACCUAA